AUGCCAGUUCUUAACCUCCUAAUUAUAGCCUUGUUCUUCCUUCCAAUUUGCAAUUCUAUGAAAGAAUCAUCUUGUUCUUCUUAUUGCGGAAAUUUAUCAAUACAAUAUCCAUUUCGAUUGAGAACUGAUCCUGCAAAUUGCGGACAUUUCUUGUAUGAACUUGCUUGUGAGCAUGAGCGUACCGUGCUAAAAAUAGAUCAUGGUAGAUUUUAUGUCGAAUCCAUCUCAUACGAUAACGAGACCCUUCAAGCUGUCGAUCCUGGUCUAAAGAAAAAUGACUGCUCCUCCCUUCCUCGUUAUUCCUGGACACAAGACAACAUGAGUUAUGUUAAUGUCUAUAGAGACAGCGACUACAGCCACAAGUGGUUAGUUCAGCCAUAUUCGUCGCCGGAUACCAUGGUGUAUCUUAAUUGUUCAACCACAGUUAAUUCUUCGGAAUAUCUGGACGCAUCUCCUUGCAUAACUAAUUCUUCCCUACCACAAGCUCACCAUCUGUAUGUUUUUCUUGGAAAUCUGCCAGCAGCUUCCCUCUCCUACUCUUGUGACUAUUUCAUGAUGACUCCGGCGGUGAUUCAAACAAUUGGAAAUCUCACAUAUGCUGAUAUCCACAAGCAAUUGACCAAAGGAUAUGAGCUUUCAUGGAGUCAAUUUUUUUGUUUAAUUUGUGCAUUCAAUGGAGGAUAUUGUCUUUAUUCAUCUAACCUUGGUGAAUACAAGAGCGACAAGAGAAUCUGCAGAAGAGGACCAUUGGCGAGUGUUAAUUUUUCAGGUGUUGGACGGUAUUUGUGGAGCAAAAUAAAGGGUAAGCCUCCAAAAUUGAGCACAAUACAGGGCUGCGUAGGACUCGUACUGGAAAUUGUUGGGUAUUUUACUGUGGCAAGAACUACCGUUGGAAUCCUAUGCAUGUCUGUCUUUCUAAUUUAUAAAUGGCGGAAAAGCGCAUCCAUUGAUGAAUAUGUUGAAGAGUUCUUGCGAAACUAUGAGAACCUCAAACUCAGAAAAUUCUCCUACUCUGACAUCAAGAAGAUGACUGGAGGCUUCAAGGAACAACUGGGUCAAGGCGGCUUUGGCUCUGUGUUUAAGGGAAAGAUAUCAGAUGGUUGUCUAGUUGCAGGAAAGAGGCUGACAGAGGCCAAGGGCGAUGGGCGAGAUUUCAUGAAUGAAGUGGCAACAAUUGGGAUAGUCCGUCAUGUAAACGUGGUACAACUUCUUGGGUUCUGCUUUGAAGGAUCUAAAAAGGCUCUCAUAUAUGAAUACAUGCCCAAUGGAUCUCUCGAUAAGUAUCUGUUCUCUCAAGAGGAUGUUUGCGCUUUAAGUUGGAGCAGAAUGUAUGAGAUUGCUUUCGCCAUAGCUCAUGGGAUUGAAUAUCUACACCGAGGUUGUCCUGUGAGGAUUCUGCACCUUGAUAUUAAGCCUCAUAACAUCCUUCUUAACGAAGACUUUACUCCAAAAAUUUCUGAUUUUGGCCUUGCCAAGUUGUAUCCAAGACAUGAUAGUGUAGUUUCUCUGACAAAUGCUAGAGGAACUAUGGGAUACAUGGCUCCAGAAUUGCUGUAUAAAAAUAUUGGAGGCAUCUCCACUAAAUCGGACGUUUACAGUUUUGGAAUGUUGUUGAUGGAAAUGGCUGGGAGAAGAAAGAAUCUCGAUCCGUUCGUGGAGAAUUUGAGCCAAAUCUACUUCCCAUCUUGGAUUUAUGAUCAGCUAGAACAAAAGGGUGAAGUGGAAAUCAAGGAUGCGACAGCUGAGGGAAAGGAUAUUGGCAACAGGAUGAUCAUAAUUGCUCUCUGGUGCAUACAACUGAAGCCUGCAGAUCGUCCUUCCAUGACCAAAGUGGUGGAGAUGCUUGAAGAUACUUCAGAGCCAUUGCAAUUGCCUCCCAAGCCUGCUUUAGCUCCAGACAGGAAACGUAGCUGAGGGUCUGGAGAAAUCUACGAUAAGGAAUCUCUUUGAUGAAAAUUCUCUUUAAUUCUAUGUGUGUGCUUGU